GCUGUUGUCCCAGCGACGGGGUGGGAGGGAUUUGAAGCGGAGGGCGGCAAACGCCGCGGCGGCUGAGGCAGAGGGGCAGCUCCGAGGGAAGAGGCGGCGCCGACGGGAGCGGGAUGGCGGAGCCCGGAGCGGCUUCGGGGGAGCUCAGCCUCAUGGACAAAGGCGUCAAGAGGUGAGCGGCUGCAGCGGAGUCACGGAAUCGUAGGGUUGGGCGGGGCUCCCCAGGGGUCAUCUAGUCCAACCCUCGCAAUACAGGAAUCCGUUGGUUCGGGUCCCAGCAGGGCAGGAUGAACCAUCAAGCGAAAGAAGCACGUGCUUGGGGCAUCCAGGGAGGGAGGCUCCGUGGACAUUUUAACAUUAAUGGCCCCAAAUUGCUCCGCUGAGCGUUCCUUUACUUAGUUGGAAGUAUAUUGAAUGUCCCAACGGAACCAACUGUCCAGCAAGGCCUGGGUUUAAGAUUCCCAUUCAAACAUGAAGGUUAAGUGAAUGGACAGGUGGCCGUCCUAAUCACAUAAAGGUAAAGGGGCCCCUGACCAUUAGGUCCAGUCGCGGACGACUCUGGGGUUGUGGCACUCAUCUCGCUUUAUUGGCUGAGGGAGCCGGCGUACAGCUUCCGGGUCAUGUGGCCAGCAUGACUAAGCCGCUUCUGGCGAACCAGAGCAGCGCACGGAAACGCUGUUUACCUUCCUGCCAGAGCGGUACCUAUUUAUCUACUUGCACUUUGACGUGCUUUUGAACUGCUAGGUUGGCAGGAGCAGGGACCGAGGAACGGGAGCUCACCCCGUCGCGGGGAUUCGAACCACCAACCAUCUGAUUGGCAAGUCCUAGGCUCUGUGGUUUAACCCACAGCGCAUAGCCCUAAUUCACAGGCUUGUGAAGAUUGGAAGUUGUGAUGAGAUGAACCUUAUGGGAAGAGCGGGGUGAAAAUGCAUGGGCAGUUCCACCAUUUAAUUCUCACAACAACAACCCUGUGGGGUAGCAGUGAGAAAGAAGAAUUGGCCUAGGAUCCUCCAUUGACUUUUCACAACUGCCUGAGCACUGGAAAUGACCAUGCUUACCUGCCUUGCAGACCAUUUGAGAUAGGCUACUUACUGCUUAUUUUUAUUAAUUACGGUAGGAUUCUCUAUUGCCCUCCCCCCCCCCCAAAAAUUAUUACAUCCUAAUACCAUUUGCUUUUUCAUUUGUAGUUUAGCGGAGAUACCUUUAAGCUCAGAACUUCACACGCUCAACUUGCACUGUAACCAGAUCUCCAGAAUUGAAAGUCUUGGUCAUAUGUUGAACUUGCAGCAUCUGGAUCUCUCAUCCAAUCGCAUACAUCGGAUUGAAGGGCUGAGUUCCCUGACCAACCUGCGUACCUUAAACUUAGCUUGCAACUUGAUAACAAAGGUUGAAGGUUAGUCCUUGGCUUGACUGGUUUUCUGUUCCUAGUGUGCAUGUCACAUGUAAUGACUGUGUUUGGAUGACACGGAAAAUCAGUGCUAGUGCAAGCUUCCAGAUCGCUCCUGCUGUACUCCUCCCCUAGUGUAAGCAGGAGUAACAAAUCACAAGCCUUGGCUUACUACAGUGUGUGAACCAGUGCUUGGCUUCAGAUCUUGGUUUGCUUAGAGAGGAAAUAAACUCCAAAUCCUGGUUCACAUGUUACAAUAAGCCAAGGCUUGUGGUUUGUUGCUCCUACUUGUGCUCAGGAGGAAUGCAGUAGGAGCAGUUCAACAGUGUGUGCUAGUUUACUGUUUGUUCAAUUGCAAACUCUAGUUUAUGGCAGGGGUGGGGAACCUCUGGCCCUCCCAGUGUUGCUGGACUGCAGCUCUCAUCAGCCCUAACAAGCAAAGCCAAUGACUGGGGAUGUUGGGAGUUGUAGUUCAGCAACAUCCGGUACCCUACACCUGGUUUGUAACUUGUUCGUUUCUCACUCAAACACAAUCCACUGGCUUGUGAAAUUAUUAUUAUUAUUAUUAUUUAUUUUAUUCAUUUAUGCCUUUCUCCCAGAACCGGGACUUAGUUAAACGUUCUUAUAAAAACUCAUGCUAUUUUGUUUUAUAAUUAAUUAUAAGAGGAAGACCCCUCUCCUCCCCACCUCCAAGCUGGAUUGGAAAGUUGGGGCUUCCUAUGGUGGUUCUUGGCAACUCUGUCAAGAUGCUCCAAGUGCUUUGCUAGCCCAGUCCUCAAACAAUCCUCUGUUUCCUUCCCCUGUUCCAAGCUGAGAUAAAAAGUGGUGGGAGUGUCGUCUUACAAUUGUGUUGGACCUCAGAACUGGAGACAUAAUUUGUUUAUUAAAUUUAUAUCCCACUCUUCCUCCCGAAGGAGCCCAGGACACUAGGGACAUAAUGUGAGGUCAGGAACAAGAGACAAUAACCAUAAAUUCUGGCUUGGCUGCCGACCAACCCUAAACUGUGGACCCCUGUAACUGUUGCGACUUUACAGUGGUGCCCCGCAAGACGAAUGACUCACAAGACGAAAAGCUCGCUAGACGAAAGGGUUUUGCGUUUUUUGAGUCGUUUCGCAAGACGAAUUUCCCUAUGGGCUUGCUUCGCAAGACAAAACGUCUUGCGAGUUUGUUUCCUUUUUCUUAAAGCCGCUAAGCCGUUAAUAGCCGCUAAGCCGUUAAUAGCCGCUAAGCCGUUAAUAGCCGCUAAGCCGCUAAUAGCCGUGCUUCGCAAGACGAAGAGACUCGCGGAACGGAUUAAUUUCGUCUUGCGAGGCACCACUGUAUCUUUUUUCUACAUUAUCUUAAUGGCAUAUAUUCUUUAUCUGAUCUCUGUGGUCAGUGAUUUUUUUGUUUACCUUUUUCUUUCCCAGGACUGGAAAAGCUGUUUAACUUAACUAGAUUGAAUUUGUCUUACAACCGUAUACAUGACCUUACAGGUAAGAGAUUUUUGCAGCUCAUCCCUCUGCAUAUCUACUUGGAAGUAAGUCUUACUAUGUUUGAUGUGACUUAACUCCCAUGAUGGCUUUACGAGAAUUGUUAUUGCUGCUGCAUACAUCUAACAAUUGCCAAUAAAGUGUUCAUGGGGUAUUUUACAAAAGGAAAGGAAGAAAAGUGGUUUAUUCUAAAAGGAAUUACUUUUUCCACAUAACACAUCGUUUCAGCUACAGAACUCAUUCCCUCAGGAAACAGUGAUGGCUACCAACUUGGGUGGCGUCAACAGAGGAUUAGACAAAUUCAAGGAGGCUGAGACCAUCAGUGGCUACUAGCCAUGAUGCCUGUGUUUUACCUCCACUAUGCUUCCAAAUUCCAGUUGCUGAGAAUCAUAUUUGGCCAUUGUGAGACCAUGCUCCUGGUCUAGAUGAGCCCUUGGCUUGAUCCAGAAGGGAUUUCCUUGUCUUUACACACCUUCUUGUUGAAAAUGUUUUUUGACAUACUGUGUCUGUUUUUACAGGACUUUUGUACCUUCGUGGAGCCAAUUUUAAAAUUAGUUCUCUUGAGCUACACGGCAAUUGUAUAAGUAAUAUUAACCAUUUACUCCAGUGCUUGGUGGGAUUACAGUACCUGUCAAAUCUUUCUUUGGAGAAGAGUGGAAAAAGUAACCCAGUGUGUGCAAAAAUAGGUAAGAGUAGUGCACAGGAAACAUUUAUGACUCACUCUGUUUGCAUUUUGAAGAUCGGCAUUUCCAGCUGAUCACCAGAUCAUGACUUGGAUCCAGAUAACUGUUGGCAGAAAGAGAAAAGCACAAGCGCUGGUCCAUGAAUUAUUGUGCUAAGGUUGCAGAAGACUUCUUGCAGCAUGGCUGUGGCACCCCAGUUAUAGAAUGUCUCCCCCUCAGAGGCCAGGCUGACGCUAGCGUUGAUCUUAGUUCAGCACCGGGGAAACCUUUGACUGCAGCUUGGUAUUGAUGUUUGCUUGAUUUUAAAAUUAAUGGCUAUAGCAGGUUUGCAAUUUGCUGUUUUCGUAUUCCGCCCUGAGAUCCAUUAUAGGGCGGGGUUAUAAGUAUCUUAAUAAGCAAAAUAUUCAUAAGGGUGCAUUGCAAUAUAAAAAAACAUGCUGAGAAGAAAGACGCAGACUGUACCAUAUAAAGUUCAGUGAACAAUGAAAAAGUCUUGAGAAAGAGCUUGCGCAAACAGCAGAACUGCUUUGAAAUCUUCUCAUGCGGUGCUCUUUUGCUCCAUUCAGAAAUAGCCCUUCUGCGAGCGGUUGAGGCUUUCGGCUGCCCGAAGAACAUCUCGGGAAUAGAUUGGAGCCUAUAAUUUAGUUCUUCAGUGAAUGGUGUUUCAGAUAAUACAAGGAUAGGGAACCUGUGACCCUCCAGAUACAGUGGUAUCUUGGGUUAUGUACUUAAUUUGUUCCGGAGGUCCGUUCUUAAUCUGAAACUGUUCUUAACCUGAAGCACCUCUUUAGCUAAUGGGGUCUCCUGCUGCUGCUGUGCCAUGGAAGACGAAUUCUGUUCUCAUCCUGAAGCAAAGUUCUUAACCUGAGGUACUAUUUCUGGGUUAGCGGAGUCUGUAACCUGAAGCGUAUAUAACCCGAGGUACCACUGUACUUGAUUCCAACUCCCAUCAGCCUCAGCCAGCACAGCCAAUUGUUUGGGAUGAUGGGGAGUUGUAGCCCAAAGCAUCUGGUAGGGAAACUGGUUCCCCAUCCAUCUGGUAUUGGGAUAGUCAGAUAUGUAUACUGAAAUGAAUUUGCCUCACUGUUGGUGAUGUUUAGACUGAAGCAUGGAGCCUAAUAGCUUCUCUGUUCUUCUUAGGCUACAGAGAGAUCCUCCUUCAGGCUUUACCCCAGCUAACCAUCCUAGAUGGAAGGAAUAUAUUUGGUGAACCAGUAAACUUGGCAGAAGCAAAUUCAACAGAUCUGAAGUGCUUAGAAGGCCUUUUGGACUGCUUGGCUUCAUCCAGUUCUCCUGCAGAUGAAGAUGAGGUGCUGUGACUCCUGCAUGUGUGUGGAGGGCAGUGGAGGGGGGCCUUUUUGUCUUUGAAAAUGUCAAAGCAGGGUACGUCCCCCCCCCUCACUCCUCAUCACUUAUGCUUUCUUUCUUUUAAACAGACUUGUAUCAGUUUGCCAGUGAUGACACCCCGUAUUGAUGAGGUGUUAGCUCAGUUUCGCCAGCGUGCCUGUACGCCAAUCUGGCCGGCCACUAGCUCUUCCCCUGAGGGCAUAUCCUCUUCCGAGCCAGAAAGAAUUAAACUGGACAGUGACAUGAGAAUAAAAAAACUAGAGGAUCAGAUAUCACAGCUGCUGGAAAAGGUAACGGUUUACAUUUCCCCCUCUGGCUUGACAGAUAUCUGUUUGCUGAUGAGCGUUGGAACAUAUGAAGCAGCCUUGUACCUGGUCAGACAAUAGUCCCAUCUAGUUCAGUAUUGUCUACAUUGACUUUGCAUCUCUCCCAGCCUCACCUGGAGGUGCCGGGAAUUAAACUUGGGUUGUUCUGAAAGGCAGGUGUUCUACCACUGAGCUACAGAUCUUCCCCAAAUGUAAGAUGGAUCUACACUGGUUGUUUAUAACGUUAAAAUGCAUUAUUAAAAUGAGACACAGAGGGCGCUGUGGAGCAGUGAGCCUUCGACAAUGGGAAACUGCAUUGAGAGUUAUAUAAUGCUAUAUUUAAUAACAUUUUUACAGAUCAGUGUAGAUCCAGCCGUAGUUACAAUUGAAACAGUUGCUCUAUGUGACAUAGAUACAGUUUAUAUCUUGUGCACCUAUUUAUAGAGGCUUGGGAUGACUGCAGCAAAGCUACCAGCUGACUUGCCUGAAACAAUUGAGUUCCCCACCCAUUUUUUUCCAUUUGGUUGCUUUUGGCUCAUUCUUGCUUUAAUACCAAAGGUCUGAAUUGAAAGGUCUGUAGUCCAUGACUUCAGACAGAGUAUGAUCAACAAGCCACUUGAGCUUCUGUAGUCCCAGAACUGCAGUGCGAAUAAGCUUCAGAGUGCAGUAUGAGUCAUGCGCUUGAGAGCAAAAUUGUUCUUAUGGUCUGAGUGGAAAGUGCUGAAGCUUGCAGUCAAGGAGCUUAGGCUGGGUAUUUUGGGAACUUAAAGGGAAGAAGAACCUCGCUUAAUUGCUGCUUGAAGUAAUAAUGGACACUUCUUACUUUUGGAGUUAAUACAUUUUCACAGAUUAUCCUGCUGUAAGUGGCAUUCAGUGUAAUCAGCUACCCAAGACUGUCUAAAAGUAAUAGGUCUAAAGAUCAAGUAAGAUAAAAAAUGAGCUCUAAAUCCUUUUAUUUUUAGGUGACUAAGACUUCAAAGGCUGGCGUUGCUCUUAAUGUUCUCAAAGCAAAAAGGGACACAGAUCUCACUUCAGAGAGUGGUAGUGAAAGUGGGAAAGAGAACAGAAAGGUAGCUAAAAGGAGCAAGAUCCCCAGUUAUCGAAAAGCCACUUCGUCUACAAAGUACCAUUCUCAGAGAGGCAAAAUUUCAGACAGGUAUCUUCAGUUUGUUGAUGUGUGCUUCCAUAAUCACAUGCAGUCUUUUAUCAAUUUACUUGGGAGUAAGCCUCAUUGAACUUGGUGGAUUUCUGAAUAGGCAUGUCUAAAAUAAUGUUUUCAGUGGACUUUUUAGGUACUUCUAGUUGUUACCUUGAGAUUAUCUUGUGAGGCCCUUUGUGCCUCCUCCACAAGAGGUCCGGAGUGUGGCAACACAAGAAUGGGCCAUUUCUGCAAUAGCUCCCUAUUUGUGGAAUGCUUUCCCCGGGGAGUUUUGCCUGGUGCCUUCAUUAUACACCUUUAGGCGCCAGGGAAAAAUGUUCCUCUUUAACCAGGCCUUUGGUUGACUGACAUUCAAUGGCCUUUUAAAAUGUGGUUGGGGGGAUUGUUCUUGUCUUUAUUUUAUGUAUUCUGUGUUUUUAUAUCAUGGUUUUAUCCUGGGAACCGCCCUGAGACCUGCAGGUAUAGGGCGAUAUACAAAUUUAAUUAAUAAUAAUAAUAGUUCAAUUGGAGAGCAGUUUGGGUGUUAAAAAUAAAACAAAUGGUUUUGUUUGCUCGUUUAUGAUCAAGUAAAAGCACAGAAAAUUUUCAUUUAAGUAUUUAGAAGGCAUUCUAAAUGCAUUUGGUAACAUCUGGAAGUUUUUUGUGUCCACAUAUUGAUGUGUGAGUUUAUGUAUCGUUUUAGGGCAGGAGAGCAGAUUUCUGUAAAGUCAAAAAUUCGAGGAUCUCAAGUUAAAGAUGAAGAAAAUUCAAGUCCAGCUUCAGAAGUUCCGAGCUCAGAUUUAGUGGGGAAAUCACCCAAGAAUUUGGGUGCGCAGAAAAACCACAUGAAAAAACAUUUAGAUUCCAGUAUUAAAGAAGAGUCCACUUACAGGGUAGGUAUAUUUUAAUAUUUUAUUAUUUCAAGAUACAUGGUUUUCAUGCUAGCCAUAAAAACUGGCACUAAUAUAAAUAUUGAUCAACAGAAGUAGGAGUAACUUUCUAAAUCGAAGUGGAGAGAACCCCUAAACUUGUAAGGCAACAUGAGUGUUCUAGCUGUUGGUCCACUGAGCACAGGAUCUCUUGCAGCUGAAUUGGCUUAUAGAUAUUACAGUGGUGCCCCACAAGACGAAUGCCUCGCAAGACGAAAAAUUCGCUAGACGAAAGGGUUUUGCGUUUUUUGAGCUGCUUCACAAGACGAAUUUCCCUAUGGGCUUGCUUCGCAAGACGAAAACGUCUUGCAAGUUUGUUUCCUUUUUCUUAACACCGUUAAUACAGUUGCGACUUGACUUCGAGGAGCAACUCAUAGAACGCAGUGUGGUAGCCUUUUUUGAGGUUUUUAAAGACUUUGGUGAUUUUUGAAGCUUUUCCAAAACUUCUUUUGCAGCCAUUUGGUAAGUUAAACUUUUAAAACUUUUUUGGGGGUUUUUGGAUUUUGGGUUGGGGUGUUUGGAAUUCAAGGACUUGGUGUUGGGGAGGGGUUUGCAAGAAUCUGGAAGCUUGUUUUUUUUUUCUGAAUGUUUCUGAUUUUUUGUGACCAUUGGGCCACUCUGCUGUUUUUUUAAAAAAAUUCUGGAUUUGAAUUUCUGUGUGGUGGGUGUGACUUUAAAGAGCACUUAAUAAACUCUUGUUGUACCAAAUUUGGCUUUGUUUGGACUUUUUUUGACCAUAGGAACGCAUUAAUUGUAUUUCAAUGCAUUCCUAUGGGAUUUCGUGCUUCGCAAGACGAAAAAUUCGCUAGACGAAAAAACUCGUGGAACGAAUUAAUUUCAUCUUGCGAGGCACCACUGUACUACAGGAUCACAGAAAUACAUCUGUAGAGAUAUUUUCAGAAGCAGCUUAUGGUACAGAGAGCGACUAAACUUUGAAGUGCAGUACAUCUCUCACAUCUGCUUUCUCGUGUUUUUUCCUUGCAUCAGCACCUCCUUCAGCAUUCUACUUGCUGUAUUGAACUUCAAAACUGGCUCUUCUUUUGCAGUAUGCACCUGACUACCAUUGCCACACAGAAUUCUCACGAUUUUAUGAAACCCAUUGUUUGUUUUCCAGCAUUACUAGACUUUACCUUUGCUGACCUUCAUUCUUCUACUUAUUUGGAGCUGAAUAAUAAUAAUAAUAAUAAUUUAUUAUUUAUACCCCGCCCAUCUGGCUGAGUGUCCCCAGCCACUCUGGGCGGCUCCCAAUCAAGUGUUAAAAACAGUACAGCGUUAAAUAUUAAAAACUUCCCUGAACAGGGCUGCCUUCAGAUGUCUUUUAAAGAUAGGAUAGCUGCUUAUUUCCUUCACAUCUGAAGGGAGGGCGUUCCGCAGGGCGGGCGCCACUACCGGGAAGGCCCUCUGUCUGGUUCCCUGUAACCUCACUUCUCGCAAUGAGGGAACCGCCAGAAGGCCCUCGGCGCUGGAUCGCUGAACGAUGCGGGUGGAGACGCUACUUCAGGUAUACAGGACUGAGGCCGUUUAGGGCUUUAAAGGUCAGCACCAACACUUUGAAUUGUGCUCGGAAACGUGCUGGGAGCCAAUGCAGAUUUCUCAGAACCGGUGUUAGGUGGUCCCGGUGGCCACUCCCAGUCACCAGUCUAGCUGCCGCAUUCUGGAUUAGUUGUAGUUUCCGGGUCACCUUCAAAGGUAGCCCCACAUAGAGCGCAUUGCAGUAGUCCAAGCGGGAGAUAACUAGAGCAUGCACCACUCUGGUGAGACAGUCCGCGGGCAGGUAGGGUCUUAGCCUGCGUACCAGGUGGAGCUGGUAGGCAACUGCCCUGGACACAGAAUUAACCUGCGCCUCCGUGGACAGCUGUGAGUCCAAAAUGACUCCCAGGCUGCGCACCUGGUCCUGAAGUAGAUCAUUUCUUGAUAUGCCCAAUAUUGGUUUUUAAAGUUGGGAUUUGUUAGUUGUUAAGUGAAAGCAAUCCCUUUGCCUUAACUGUCUAGUAGCCUAGUUUUUAAACCCUUCCUAUAGUGUAGCGGCCUGCAGUGUUGGAGUCAUGGCCAUAUAGCACGUAAUCUUUCGGGAGAAUAAAGUGGGUGUCUAUCAUAUCCCUUCUGCGCCAACACCCUUCCUGCCCCAAAAUGCAUCCACCUUUCUUCUUAGUAGAAGCAAUUCUUCUGCAUUUGUAGUUUCUCCUUUGGAAUGUAUGGGAUCUCUGUCUUGUUCAGGCACUAAUUCAAGAGCUGGAUCAGGAGAGAGAGAAAAGGUGGAAGGCUGAACAAGCUGAAAAGAAACUGAGAGAAAAUAUCAAAGAGCUGCAGGACCAAGCAAAAGAAGAAAAGGGUAUUCAAAGUAUGGCCGUGUAUACUACAGACCGGUAAGGAUCCAGCAUGUUCAAAUGACCUUCUGAAAAUUAAUUUAGUACCAGUUUUUUCCCCACGUGCAUUUUUUCAGGCAACAGAGAGGGAGUAUCUUAGAGCAAUAAAAUACAACUAGUUUCUGCAGGUGUCUGUGGGUUUAUUUGCAAAUCAAUAACUUUGAGUGUGUUUUAGGCUAUAAAUCUUCCACAAUCCUGUUCUAUGCUACUACCCUUCAACGGGAGAACAAAUUGUGUCAAAGGUGGAUGGAGGUGCAGCUUUUCAGAAAACUGAUCAACCUCGUCAUCCGAGUGAUACUAUUAGCAAUAUUAUAAUUGACUUUGCCUUCAAAUAAUUUUGAAGUGUGUUUGAAAAAUCCUUGUUGGCACUUCUGGCAUUUGAAUAUAUGCAAAUAACUCUGAGGAUUAUCUGCAAAACUUCUAUGCAUUGUUUAUCCUUCAUAAAAAGAAUAUUACUUUUACAGCAUUGCAUUUCAGAUAUUGGUCUGGUUUCCACAAAAUGCUAAUUCUUGGUUUAUUAACCAAUGGGCUUUUAAAAAAAAUCAUCUGAGCCCUUCCCUGUGGCUUAACUAUAGUUUGUUACUGCCAACAAUAUGUGAAGACAUAGCUUGUUGCUGUUGGCUUGUGCACCUUGGUUUGUUUUAACUGUGACUUGACAUUACAUAUGAACCCUUCCUUAGCUAAGGUUUGUUUGAUCACCGAACUACAAAGGCCAUAGCAGCUGCAGAACAAACUUUGUAGAAACAAGCCAUGGUUUCUAGAAUCCUCUGAAGUGGUUUGUGUGAUCAUCUGUGGGACAACUUCAUACGUGUGGCAAACUUGUGGUUUGUCAAACAAAUCAUGGCUUAGUGUAAUGUGUGAAUCAGGCCAUUAUUUCCUGAUGAUGAACAUGCCCACUUAAAAUAUAUAUUGGGCUGUGUUUGCUAUUAAGCUACCUUUGCAGUUGCCACUCACCUUCUUGUGAAUGUUUGUCACUCGGAUAAUUCCACAUCCUCUUCAGCCUAUAAGAACAGAAAAGUUGCUUGUUUUUCUGUGAAGGAAAGUGAAAGCCAAGCUGCUGAAUUCAGCAUCUAUUGUCAAGUUUUGUGUGUUCUGUGCUUGUGGGGAUGUUGGAGUAUGCACAACCCUAAUGGACAUACCUGGACCUUGCUAAGAGGCUUUGACAAGGAGACCAUAGCUCAGUGGUAGAGUAUGCUUUGCAUGUGAAAGGUUCCAUCCUCAAUCCUUGGCUUCUCCAGGUAAGACUGAAAAAUGUUCCUCCCUGAAACCCUGCAAUUUAGCAGGGGCACUACUGUGCCAGAUAGAAUCUCACUUGGAAUACAGCAACAAAAGGUCUUCUACAAGCUUGAUGCAGAAAUGCUGAAACUGCACAAAGCUGGAUGCCAAAGUAUAUUCCAGUAGUUUUAGGCAGAUGAUUUAACUCCUGAGUUAAAUAUUUACAGUUCUGCCUCUUGAACUUUGAGUGCUUUCUCAUUGUCCUUCUGGAAAAGCUUUCCCCUCCUCACUUAAAGACUUGGUUCUAUCAACUAUUAAUACAACUCAUUGCUUAGGUUGGGAGCAUGACAAAUACUGGUGGAAACCGGAGAUCACUUAGGCACCUACUGUUGGGUGCUUCUGCCAUUGACUAAAAACAUACCUCUUCACCCAAGCUUUUCCUGACUGUUAAUAUCGGAUCCUAGCAUUUCUGGCUAUUUUAAUAGCAACUGAUGUUUGCUUAUAUGGCUUUUUAAAAUGGCUUUUUUAUUUUCCUAUAAUCUGCCUUGGUGUUUAAAAUGAAAGGUGGUAUAAAAUAAUUUUAAUAAGUAAAAAAUAAAUCCAUUGUAUAACUACAGCUCAAUUUAUACAUCAUGCCAAAUCAUGGUUAAGGAAGCUGAACUGUUCUGGCAUAAUAUCUGAAUGGACAAGCCAUAGUUAUGUCUGGCCCUUUGCCUCUGGAGGUUGCUGUUGUGUGAGUGUCAGAAGCUGAGUACUGGGAGUCAGGGAGCAGAUGAGCAGGUUUAAAGCAUGGCUUGCCUAUAUGCUUUGGAAAUGCAAACUGUGAUUUGACCUUAAGUGAUACACCGAGUAUCGAAAGCUAUACAAUACUACGGUGGCAUCUCUUCAUACAUUCCUAAACAGCACCACUUCUUACUUUGAAAAAGUAGUGAUUUUGAAUGAAUGUGAUGUUUUUCAGGCUAAAAGAGCUGGUUUUGAGAGAAAGAAAUGCGAAAACCAAACUUCAGGUGGACGUUCAGCAUCUGAAAGACGAAGUUGAACGACUUCACAGGGAACUAGAUCAAUCACGACAUAAAGUGGAGGAUCAACAAAAGGCACUUCAGACUUUAGAAGAAACACUGUCCAAAGUGGAGACUCAAAGAGCACAGCGGCAAGCUUCAGAGGUACAACCUUUGUUUCUCACUGAAGAAAAUUAGUACUUACAGUUCAGUUAAUCAGGUGUAAGGGAGAACUGGUCUAUUUUAUCUUAUCUCUCAACACCUCUGCAUGAUGAGUUGCACCUGCCAAAAUUCUGUCUCCUACAUAGAUUUGGAACUCAAAAUUUUCUAGAGCAUAUUUUGGUUGAGACCAUUGGCAUGUUAAGAUUCUGUUUAACUGGUGUGUUCUAGCACUGGAGCAAAGAAGUAAAUAACCCUGCCUUUGCAUUGUCCUUGUUGGGAGAGCAUCACCAUAUCCAGUUCCUGUAAUCUUUACAGCUGGAAAAAUUGCUGCCACAUAGAGAACCUUGUGCAGCUCCUUUCGUACAAAAGCCAGAGUUGGCUAUAGGGCAGCAUAACCAGUUCCACUACAGCGGGCACUGAGCCUAGGGGGCACCACAGGAUGUUACAACUAUGACAUACAUAGUAUAUUAAGCAGAACGGAAGGUGGGGGGGGUUAUCCUUGACCUUGCACAGGGCAUCACUUAAAUUUGAAAUACCUUCAAAAGCUUCCUGUAUAAUUGCAGGGAUGUGUGGCUAAUGAUGUUCAACUUUAUGUUGAAUAAAGCUAUUGAAUGGUACUGUGGAUAUGAGUGUGAGUCAAACAAUGAAAGAUGUGAUUGGGGGGCAUGAGGAGUAAUGUAAAAGUGUAUUCCAUGGGAGGGGAAGCUCUUUCAGCCUCAGAGCCAUGGUACCUUCUGCCCAACUCCCAGUGCCACAUGCUAGUUGUGCUACAUCAAAAAGCAGAUAUAGGAAAGGAGGGCAAAACCAGAGCCAGAUCUUCAUGGAGUUUGCAGCUGAGGAUAGAAAUAUUGAUGCUUAAUUCUCCAUCUUCAGUCUGUCUGCCUCUGCCUGCCUGCCAGUCUCUCUCUCUCUCUCUCUCUCUCUCUCUCUCUCUCUCUCUCUCUCACACACACACACACACACACACACACACAAAACUGCAUGGCAAUUUGACUUGAAACUCUCUUGCAUUGCUACUGACAAAAGGCUGUUUUCAAGCCCAAUUGCUACGUGGGUUUUUUAGGGGGUAGUAGUACAUGCUAGCCAGAAAGAUGAACAUCAGGAGUUUUCCAUGAUGUCUCAUGGUGAAGCUGGCAGCUCCGCCAAGAUGUUUUGCUUGUAGUGCCAACUCUCAGCAACCAUGAUAGUGUGUUCCUUAUCUUCCUUUGAUACAUUGCACAGAGGAAGCAAAUUCAAGCUGCAGAAUUAAAAGUUUCAGCUUCUGAGAGAGAAGUGCAAUUGCUUCGAAUUUCUUUGCAGCAACAAAAAGAGAAGGUGGAACAAGUCCAUGAACUUCUUAUGCUGAGAGAGCAGGAACACAGGUAUGUGCCUCAAGACGAUCCAGAAAACACAGGUAUACAUUAGUUGUGCAUUUAAAAAAAAAGUUCAGCUUUGUGUUGUUGAAAAUAGCCUAGUCUGCACUUAGCUGUAGUCUAAAGCCCCAUUUAAGUUGGGAGGACUUCUGAGUAGUUGUGGUUAGGAUUGUGCUGUAAAUUUAUCUUUUUCUAAUUCAGACACCUUCUCUUGCGGAAAGCAUUUUGCAAGUUUUGAAAUUGGGAUUCCUUGGUUGGGCAUAACAACCAAGGCUAGACCUUCUGCAUGUGGUUAUUCCCAUGGUCAGACAGUAGAAUAUUCUAUUAAAAGAGAGAGAGUGCAGAGGCAGAAGAAUUCAUUAGGUUUUCCCAGCAAACUGAAACUACCAUUUGCUGUUUUUAGCAAGAUUAUAAACAGGCAAAGAUGCCUUUUUAAAGGGAGCAAGUCCUUGUGGUAAGAAAUGGUUGUAAGUGAAGUGCUAUCCAGGCAGUCUUGUAUCUGAAUUAACAUCUGUGAUCUCAAGAACCGUUUCAGCCUCAUCUCCGCAUACGUGGUGUCUAAGAACUAAGAAGUAUGGAAGAACUCCCAUCUGCAGACAUGCACUCCUCAUUUAUUUUACUGUGUAGCUUCUUACUCAUAGGUCUUGUUAUUCCAGAAAAGAACUUGAAACUAGAAUUACAUUGACCGGUUCAGAAUUCCAAGAAGCUUUGUCAAAAGAAGUGGCCAGAGAGCAGCAGAGGCACGAACAUCAUAUUAAAGAACUGCAGGGGAAGAAUUCUCUGCUGCACCAAAAGUAUAAGGAUCUAGAGGAUGAGUUUCGUUUUGCAUUAACGAUAGAGGCCAGAAGAUUUACUGAGGUAAGAAAUAGAAAGUGUAUGAGGGGAUCUAUAUUAGGAAUUCUUCUGCUAAAACAGAAAUGUUUGUCCUUUUUUCAUAGCAGUACGUUUGCAACAAUAGGUUCAUUCCGCAUUUGUAAAGAGUCUGUGCUCUGGAACUCCAUUUUAUCUGUGUUUUUGUUUUUAUUGCAUUAUUUUAUCACACAUGUGUUUGCUGUCCUGGGUUUCUUUGGGAGGAAGAUAUAUCAGCAUAUAAAUUUAAUAAAUAAAUGCAAUCAAUAAGAUCCAUAUAUUUUGGGGUUUUUUAUAUUGUAAUUUUAUGUUGUAAACCAUCCUGAGAUCUACGGAUGAAGAGCAGUAUACAAAUUUAAUAAAUAAAUAAAUUCAAUUUUUACUAAAUAAACAUAUCUGUUAAUUAGCUGCUAUAAAAUUGAUUAGUGCCUUUAUGCAAACUUUGAGGAUACACUCAGGCUGCAGUACACACUGACUUUGGAGCAAAUCCCAUUGAACUCAAUGCUGCUCGCUUCUGUGUAGACGUGGAUAGGAUUGCACUUGUCAAGUUACAAAAUUAAGAAACUUGACAGUGCAAACCUAGACACAUCUACUCAAAAGUAAGUCCCACUGUGAUUUACUCUCAGGUAAGUGUGCAUAAAAUUGAAGGCUUUGUGUUUUUAUUGGCUUAAAUCAGUGUGUUGUAUAUAAUUUUUUAAUUUUCAGAUACUGCCAAGCUAAAUUGUGUCAAGCUAAAAUACAUUGCACACGCACCACAAUAAUUGUAUUUUAGCAACUAAGUAAUGUGUUAUAGGAAGUGAUUUCAUAAAGUUUAAAAAAAUUAUAAAACUAGUCUUCAUUCUCCCCACACUCAUUUUACUCUUAGAAAUACCUGUUUUUCCGAUUCUAGUGCAACAGCUGCUCACUUAUGCAACAGAAAUCUGCUUGUACAGUGGAACCUCGGUUUUUCAAGGUAAUCUGUUCCGGAAAAUUGUUUGACUUCCGAAACGUUCAAAAACUGAGGAUCAAUGGGCUGGCUGCAAAGUCAAUGGGGGAAAAUGAAAAACACGCCUCGGCAGCAGUUCUACUUCCAAGGCACAUUAAAAAAUGGAAGCAAUUACUUCUGGAUUUUCUGCGUUUGGGUUCCGAAAUGUUCAGCUUCCGAGACGCUUGAAAACCAAGGUUCCACUGUACAACAAGGCAAGCCUCUCCAGCCCUCCUGUGUGCUCCCAAAAUCUGCUGCACAGUAUCCUCCAAUUCUCUGGAGCAGAUUUUGGGGACUGCAGGCAGGAAGAGAGGAGGAAGAAGCCCUGUGGCAUUUGUAGAUGCCCACUUGUGUUACAUAACAUCUCGCCCCUAAACAACUCCAAACACUUUUUCUGUGCCUGCAGAAGAGCUGACUUAGCUAUAGAAGGAACUCUCAUUUUAAAUGCUUAGCCACUGUCUUCCUUCAGUUCAUUCAAGUAAUUCUUGAAAGUAUCCUUCAGCAAACAUAUACUGCUUAAAGGAUCACCUCCAGCUCAGAAAUGUAUUAUGACUGAUGAUGUUUUUCCCGAAAGUUUCCGCAUCCUCAAAGAAAAGGUGCUUAAAAGUUAAGUUUUAAGAUAUUACAUGCUAUCAUUAAUUUCAGUUCUAUUUUAAAUUGAGGAACUUACUAUAGCUUUUAUAUAUAGUUUUUAGUCUUUUCUCUUUUUUUGCUAACUGGUGAUAUUCAGCAUCCAUUUUUAGUUCUUAAUUUGGAAUAUAUACUGAGCCUCUCUAUUCCUAAAAUGCAAGGUAAUAUUCGGUGUUUAAUGUCAUGUGUUUUCAAAUUAACCUCUUGUCCAUUCGAAAGUUACAUUGCAGUUUUUAUUGAGUAAGAAAUAACUCACACGUAGCAAUAACCUUUCUAAUAAUUUGCAAUUGGUUUCCCCUUGCUGAAAUAGGUUAAAGAAGGCUUUGACAAUGUUGCUGCCGAGCUGGCAGAACAUAAGCAUCUUCUUGCUCAGUCUCUGCAAAAAGAAAAGCAAUCGGCCACCCUACUCCAAGAGCUGGCAUCCAUGGUUAAAGAACAAAAAAUGAAGAUUGCAGAAUUAGUCAGAUCGAAGCAAGAAACGACACACAACUUGAGAGUAUGCAUUAAUAGGCUUAUCUAACUUUUGUAUGUUGUCUUCUGUACACUGCAUUUUGUGUUAAUACACAGAAGACUGUUAUCAAUCAAUAGCAUGAAACAUUGAAUGGCACUGCAGCUUCAAAUACAGUGAAAGCCUUCUUUCACAAUGGCAUGUGUCCUUUUUCUUUUUGCCAGAGUCAAAUCCGAACUCUUGAAAAUAUGGUGGAGGAAGAUAAGCAGGCGACUAUUCAACUUGAGCUUCUUAAACAGGAGAAAUCAAAACUUAUUUCACAGAUAACAGCCCAGGAAUCUGUAAUUGACGGAUUAAAAGCGGAGAGGAAAAUAUGGGGACAAGAGUUGGCGCAACAGGGUAAAUACCUGUAUUCUGCUUUGGUAGGAUGCUGAUAAAGAACAAAGUGAAACUUAAACCUGCACGUUAAGCCUCUGUAAGAAUGCAAAGUGUCUACAUUCUAAUGGUGUUGCAGUGGGCUGUACUGGCAAAAAGCUCCGUAGCUGCAUUGCUUGCAUCUAUUUCCUAAUGCAUCACAGCUUUAUGUUUUGGCAGUGCUUUACACAGUAGAGGCAUUCAUUCCCAAUCUGGCAUGCUCCUGUAUCACACACAUAAGAGCUGCUGAAAGUGUCUCGGUGUCCUUCCAGCAGUAUCAUGAUUUUCCAGAAAUUAAUUUCCAAAAUACUAUUUACUAAGAACAGGUUGUUCUGUUAAUGAGACUUGGGUGUGCUUUUUCAUUCUUAAGCUAAGCAGGUUAACAGUUUUCAAACAGUUACUACAGUAGCCUAAACAAAGAGGCAUUUAAGGAAGCCUGGAUGCCCAAUGUUAAUUUUCAGACACGGAGAAGAGUGGGGUGGUUUUGAUUGCUUUGCAAUCUGUUAACACGACAAAUUAACUUCAUUAUCUGCAGCACUGAAAAGGUAGACUUUGUUUUGUGUCUCCCUCCCCAGGAGCAUCUCUUGCUCAAGAUCGGGGAAAACUGGAAGCCAAAAUAGAAGUACUAACUAGUGAGAAUGAGACUCUGAGAAAACAAAACGAACGCAACAACGACGCAUUGAAGAUAAAGUCUAAAAUAGUGGAGGAUCAAACAGAAACGAUUAGAAAGUUGAAAGAAGUAAGGGUUGGUUUUUUUUUAACAAACUUGCCUGAAAACAGAUAUUGAAUACAGUAAAGGUUCUUGUAAUGAUAUAGGAGGGGAAAGCAAAGGAAUGGCACAACAAUUGUGCAUGGGUUGUCUUCAAAAUGUUAUCCAUCAGUGAUAGAGGUAUAAUGGCCAUUCUUUUCUGGCAAGUGUCCUCUGCCUUUAACUAUAGGAGACUGAAUAAGUAGAGUUUUUCCUGUUGAUCCACUUUGAACCUUGAAGUUUUAGCUGUGGUCCAGGGCAAAUAUAUUGAUAAAAUUGUUCUCAAGGCCUCACAGGACCGAGAUGAGCAGAUAAGAAAGCAUCGUGAAGAAAGUACUGAAAUGCAGAAAAGACUUCAGGUGCAACUAGAGGGAAGAGAGACUCAGUUGGAUGAUCUCAUGGAAAAAUUGGAAAGGCAAAAUGAGAGGAAAGAGGAACUCAAACAGCAGUUGCAGGAAAAAGAAACAGAGCUCGAAGAUAUCAAGAAAGCUUAUAGGUACUAACUAGUAAUGUCUUAAAUGCUGCUAAAUUAAUAUUAGUAAUGCUAAAGUGUCAGUAGGCCAUAUUGAGGCAGGAUGGGAAGCUGUAACUUUUCUUUUCCCAUUACAAAAACUUGAAAAGUAGGGAUAUGGUUUUCACUGUAGUACGAGUAAGUCUCUGAAGCUUCUGUGAAAAUGUCCAUUACAUUUCAGUGCAAUGAAUAAAAAGUGGCAAGAUAAAGGAGGAUUGUUGAGCAAAUUGGAAGCACAAGUCAAACAAAUGAAAGAAAAUUUUGAUAUGAAAGAGAAGCAGCUGACUGAGGAGAGAGAUAAAAGUAUUCAGGCACAGAAGUAAGUUGCUAUAUUUGACUUUCUGAUUGUAUUAAUGUGAAUUCAUUCAAGACAGUCAGAUUUUUGGUGUAUGUAUUCUUCAUGAAAGAUCUUGCAGAACAGGGUGUCUUUCAGAGAAAUUAGAGAAAGAAAUUUUCUUUCCUGAAUGGCGGUUGUGGCUUUGGGGGAAGCUUUUCAUUUGGAGUAUGGCAUAUACAGUGGUACCUCGGGUUUCAUAUGCUUCAGGUUACAUACGCUUCAGGUUACAGACUGUGCUAACCCAGAAAUAGUACCUCAGGUUAAGAACUUUGCUUCAGGAUGAGAACAGAAAUCGUGCUCCGGCGGCGCAGCAGCAGCAGGAGGUCCCAUUAGCUAAAGUGGUGCUUCAGGUUAAGAACAGUUUCGGGUUAAGAACGGACCUCCGGAACAAAUUAAGUACUUAACCCGAGUACCACCGUAUUGGAACUUCUAUUGGUGAAAGGUGCUCACAACUGUCGUUACAAUACUGUUUGUUUUUAUCCCUAAUUAAAUUGAAAAUUCAUAAAGGACCACCUGCAGCCUGACAAAAUUUGAAAGCAAUUCUUUAGCCCAAUUUUAUGAACUCUAGGAGGUGAUGUAAAUAUCUGUUGGUAUUUGUAAUAAAAAAAAAGAGUUCCCCUGUGGAAACCUAGUACAUUUCUGUUUUAUCUGUGGAAAAAAUAAAAAGGGUUCUUUCCAUUGAAUUCCACUGAAGGAAUUCCAAUCCAAUAGAGGUUUUGGUUGGAAGUAUGUGGUGGAAGCCAUUUUUUUCUGAUUACCGCUUACUCUAUAGGCCCUUUUGCCUUCUAACAGCUGCUCCAGAGGAACUGAAAUAAUGUGGGUGGUGAGGAAAUUUGCCUUCUGCUCCCCCCCAAACUCUUCCUUUCAGCAGAGCUUCCUGAGUGAGGAAUUCUGUUCAUGGGAAGCAUGGAUGGCAUCCUAGAAGUUUAUGGUUUAAACUUGCAACAGAUGCAUGCUUUUUCCCCUUCACAUAUUUCUCCAAAUUUCUAGUGUAUGCAUACACUGUCUCUGCUAAUAUGGUUUCUGUAACAAAAUAUCUAGAAUUGAGAUUACAGUAGAAAAAAUCCAGUCAGAAAAUGCUGCUAACAAUAUGUGAACGAGUUACUGGGGUGUACUUAGUAAAGAAUAUUUUUCUGACUAUAGGAGAAUAGUUGUCUACACAACAUGCAUAUCCCAAUAAUAGUGAUAUAGAUAUAAGGUUUAAGAGUUCAUUUUGUGUUUAGGGCAGUGGUGGAAAAGCUGCAUUCUAUGGAUGAUGCUUUCCGGAGACAACUUGAAUCAACGCUAGCAGCGCAUCAAGCAGAGUUGCUGCAGCUAGCAAAUGAAAAGCAACAACAAAUUGCAGCAGCAAAUGAAAAGGUGAUAGAUAAUGCUAAAAGCACCCAAAUGUUGUUUCACUUUUAAAAAAUAUGUUAAGCAAAUAAAUCUACUAGCUUUUGUUUGCUAACAAUGUGUAGACCGACCUUCUGAUAUAGUUGGAUCAGAAAAAAUACAUAAAAUUUGUGCUUUUGACAAUGUUACCCACUACCAUUUACUCCCAGUCUGUAUUCAAGGUGAUGAGACUUAACCUGUAAAGCUUCUAUGGGCUGGCUGCUGCCUAUUUCUGAAUAGUAUUCACGUGGCCUUAAGGUUGAGAAAUCAAAUGAAAGGGCUGCUAGAGACCCAUUUUUUUCGUUAUUUCCCAUUAAGAAAAUUUUGGAAGUUUGAGUGAAAUUAGUUCAAGAAUGAAUGUGUUCUCUAGUGGGUGCAGGUACUUGGUAGUGGUCCUCUGUCUUUGUGAGGAACUUUUACUGAAAAUUGGAAUGGAUCUAAGUAAAAGCCUACAGAAGGGGGUUGGCAGAAGGUUGGGAACAAGCUGUCUUCCCCAGUAGCCCAUGUCCUCCCCCCCCCCCAAAAAAAAAAGGUUUGUGGCAGUGGUUUUCAAUCACUGUGCUGUGGGCACCUUGGGGUGCCUUGAAUGAUGCUCAGGGGUGCCACGGGUAACACUGACCUCUGUCCCUCUUUCCUUCCCUCCCUCUGAUGCCCUUUCGUGCCUCUGCCUCCCAAAGGCUUGCACAGCUGUCUACUGCAGCAGCCCUGGCUAUAAGCUCCACAGGUGAAUGGAGGGGAGCUCAGAGACCCAGGGACUCCCAAGGAGAGGGGAGAGGAGAGGAGGCCUCAACAAGGGAGGGUGAGAGGCUGCCAGCUCUGCAGGCAAGGGAUGAUUUAAUAGGGCUCCUGAGCCCCGCAGGGAUGCCACAGAGAGAAUGUAGUUGGUUGAAGGGAGCUGCGGACUCAAAAAGGUUGAAAACCUCUGGGUUGGGGAAUCCUACUAAGCCGGGAGGUGUCUGAAAAGGCAGUCGGCUUCCAUCAGCUGCUGAAUGUAUGCUUUUGCCUGGUUGCAACCCAUUAAUGUUUCAGGUAUAUAUUGUGUAUUGUAUACAUUUAAAGUAUAUAUUUAACUUUUUAAAGUGUAAUAGGUUUUGCACGAUAGGCAUUACCUUUUAUGUAGUCUGCAUGAAAUGUAUGUUGGUGCUUUCACAAAUGUAACCUCUUCAGCCAUUUUCAAACUUCUACCUACCUUUCUAUAAUAUUUUCAGAAAUAAUGUUGUAAGUUCCUAUUAUAUUUUACGUAUCUUUCAUUGCACAAACAGACCACAAGUUCACAAGGGUGUCAUUUAUAACAGAUGUAAAUUUUAUUUCAGGUUUACCAAGUUGAAGAAGAAAUGCGUCAACUCUUGCAAGAGACUGCAAGCAGUAAAAAGGCCAUGGAAGAGAAAAUUAAAAGAUUGACAGUUGCUUUGAGUGACAUUCAGCAGGAGCUCUGAAGUACAGGGAAUGUGACACUCCUGUAGAGGCAUACAAAAUUCAGUAAGAUAGUCAGCCUUGAUGGACACAACUAUGACAUUAGCCGUUUAUUCAGUUAGUCUUCUGGGGAAAAAAAUGCUGCAUAUUGGCAUGACUUAUAUCUGCACUUUAUGUAUAAUAUUUUCAAAAUAAAUAGUUACCUUUCU